AUGGGGGGCUUCAAACGGGUCAUGAAGCGUCUCAGCCCUAGCAAAAAUCCUAUACCGAUUGCUGCUGACCCCCCUAUCCGUGCAGAAGCGCCACAAGUUAAUCUUCCACAUGUGGACACGCAAUUGAACAUGCACCAGAAUAACGGAUUUCUCGACGAAUCAGCCGAAGGCCAGAAUGGCACCUACAAUCAACCAUACUCGUCUCCUUCGAACCCUCUCAACCCUUCUGCGACCCCCGCCGACCCGAGUAAUGGCGAUGCUCCCACAUCUGAAUGGUCAGCAGUUGGCCAUGCAGCAGCGACAGGGAAAUCAGGACGCGUUAUCCACAAUCUCCAGGAGGAAAUUGCUCGUUUAACGCGUGAAUGCACACUCUACAAGUCCCGCGCGGAGGAGUACCAAAGAACCAACGAGGCCUACAAGAUCCAGCAACAAAACAUGAACGAGCGCCUACGGAACCUUGAACAAGUCAAUGAGACCAACCUCAACUCAAUUGCACGGAAAGACCGGAAGCUGGAGGAAUUGAGACUAGACCUCCAGCACGAGCGCAGCAAGCGACAGGAUGCGGAAAAGGAUGCAAACCAGACCAACCAGAUGAUGCGCGAGGAACGCGAGAACCAAAACCGCGAACAAGCCCGGUUACUAGAGGUUGCCAAGUACCACGAGACACAAUACGAGGUACUAUCCAGCGCGACGAAACGGGAGAAGGCGGAGUUUGCAAAACGCAUCAAUGGCAUCUGGGCCGAGUUCACGACUAUUGCAAACGCCCAGAAAACUCAUAUACACUCCACCGAACGGUUAGAGGUUCUCGCAGAUCAAAAGAACCGGGAAUUUGACUCCCUCAAAGAAUCUUAUGAGAAGCUUCUUGCAAACCAUUCCGCCUAUAAGGAACUGAAAGAUAAUGAGUUCCGCGACACAAUUGACUCAGCUAAAUCCAAUAACGAUAAUAUUGCUGGCGUUCUUGCUCAGCUCAAGGAGACCGAAAUCGAAAUGAAGUGGGCGAUCCGGCUCAAUGCAAGUCGACAAGACAGUGAUUAA